AUAUUCCGGUCCGUCCAACGUGGCCCGCCAUGACACUUUUGCCCGAUAUGUUAGCUGGGUUGUGGCGCGCGCAGCCGGACGCGCAGCAGCCGCUAUUUUUUGCGUGCCUUUUGACUCGUCGCGCGAGCUCGGGAGAGAGAAAGUGUCUGUCGCGCAGUGCUGGGGUGACAGUGACCCGCGUGCUGGACUCGCUCGCGAAAACGGAGACCUGCUGCUGCUGCUGCCGCUGCUUCGACAGAAGGUGCUCUCCAGUCCAGCUACUCCUCGACUGGCAUGCUGUGUGGGCAUGAAGGUGGAAUUCGCGAGUCAUACUUUGAGGUUAAGUUAAGCAUAACUCGCAGUAUACGUGUGUAUAUAUAUACACACAUAACAUGCUGCAUACCGGCAGACGCGAGCUACGAAGCGAGUGGAAGAGGGGAGAGGAGGGAGAUUGGAGCGCUUCAAUCUCCAUGCCGUACGCGCUGCAGCGGCGGCGCCUCUGCGAAAGCUGUGGGAAGACCAGUGGCGCAAUUAUUUUGAAUUGGAAAAACAAAUGCAAGCUACUUACCAACUCCUGCUCAGCAACAGUGCAUCGCUUGUCAUUUCCAUCGCAAUCUUCGCAGCGUCGACACCUCCCAGUGGAAGGAAACGGAUCACCCCGAGUUUUAUAGGCAUGGCAGCAUCUACUAAAAUGUUUGACUACAAAAUUGAAAUGGUGGACUUGGGGAACCAGGACGAGCAGUACAUAUGCGAGCUGCGACAAGUGAUACCAAUUUACAUGGCAAGAGAUGAGAAUCGUCUCCACGAGAGUGUCAUUUACUUUGCAAGUCUCGUCUCAGAGGUUGAAGUGGAUGCAAUUUUUGGCAGAAUUACAGCAGAACUGAACACCCGGCCGUGUAUUCCACUUACAAGCUUGCAGGUAAAAAGGAUGUGGAACUUCAUGAGGUCUCAAUACAUCAAAAUAACCAAAUUUUUAAAAAGAGGACUCGUCAAGAUCCAGCAGCUUGAUUUAAUUGACUGGGCCCUCUACAAGAAUCUACGAGAGCUUGCCAUGCUGAUAUAGUAAUUCCAGCUAUUUUUCAAUUUGUUUCAUUCAGUGAUAGUGCGCACAAUUCAUUAACUAUAAGUAAAUUUAAAAAUUGAUUAAAUCAAUGUAAAACUGACUAGACGCGGUGAUUAAUUUUGUAAAAUAAUACUAUUAUUGUAGAACGCUAUAAAAAUUGUAAAAUUUACUAGAUUGUAACUUGUAAAAAUAACUAUAUUGCAAAAUGUAAUAUGAACGAUUAAUUUUAAAAAAUGAUUCUAUUGUAAAAUGUGAUUAUAAGCGCUGAUAAAAUGUUAAUGUAAAAUGAAAUGCAAAGAUGCAUUUUGUAAAAGUAUUUAUGUUGCAUAAAAUGAGAUUAUAAUAAAAGUUAAUAAAAUUUAAAUGAAUAGAAAUUGUAAAAUUAUAAAAUAAUGUUUUAGAUAAAGUCUUCGAAUAAAUAGAUAGAAAAUAAAAAAAAAA